AUGCCCUGCGCCGACGCAAACGGAUACUCGGAUGUCCAGGAGUCGCACUGCGAAGGCCGCUUUGUUCGCCACUUCUGGGUUGAAAAGGACCCCAUCAAGGAGGACCACGUCAAAAUCAUUUUGAACGCCAUCAUCUGGCGCAUCUUUUACGAGAAUUCGCUCGGUGUGAUCCUCUGCCAGAUCGAGGGCGUCAUGGAACGAUAUCGAGCGCACGACGUCACUGCGUAA